AAAGGGAUCGCAGCAUUGCACAUUGGACAGUGCACUAGGGACCAGUGGGGAGGGGGGAUGGGGAAGGGGGGAAAUUGAGAGUGUUAAACACCACACCCCCGCCCCCCCCCCAAAGGCUGAACAAUCCGCCAGCAUGACAGGUAAAGAGGAAAUGGUCUCCGAGAAUUUUAACAAGUCCAAAACGGUCUCGAUUUCUCCAAACCUGACAAGCAACGAGCGGUCGAAAGGCCUGCCCGGCUCCGGGAAUCCGUCGCGGUGCACGGGCUUUGGGAUCCAGGAGAUUCUCGGACUGAAUAAAGAGCCGCCCGCCUCCACGCGGAUCAUCUCCGAUUCCCUGCCGGCCGCGGCUCACCUGGUGGCGGCUCGGAGCGUGCUGACUCCCGCCGGGGUCGGGUUGGUCGGCGCGGCCGCUCUGCCGGCUUUCUACGGGCAGUCGGCCUUCCUGGAUGUGCUGUCCGAACACCCGGGAAUCCACGCAGCUCCUCCCGCUCACCUGCAGCCUCCACGCCGGGGCACAAUCCACCUGGAGACCUGUCAGGAAGUCAGUUCAGAUUCUGAAGACAUUUCAUCAAGUGACAGAAAGCUUUCCAAAUCCAACCUGAGCCAAACAAAAAAGAGAAAGAAAAGACGUCACAGGACUAUUUUCACUUCUUACCAGUUGGAGGAACUGGAAAAGGCAUUUAAUGAAGCUCACUAUCCAGAUGUAUAUGCACGGGAAAUGCUGGCCAUGAAAACAGAGUUACCAGAAGACAGGAUUCAGGUCUGGUUCCAGAACCGCAGAGCCAAGUGGAGAAAGCGGGAGAAAUGCUGGGGCCGCAGUAGCGUCAUGGCCGAGUACGGGCUGUAUGGUGCGAUGGUGCGGCACUCCAUCCCACUGCCGGAAUCCAUCCUGAAGUCCGCAAAGGAUGGCAUCAUGGAAUCCUGCGCUCCGUGGCUUCUUGUUCAAGAUGGCUUACCAAUGACCAGACGCUUUUCUAAAACCGAGUACCAACAAUUCUUUCUAGGAAUGCACAAAAAGUCCCUCGAGGCAUCUGAGGUGGUGAGGAAAGUGGAAGCCGAGCACGGCAGUCAGGCCAGCCAGGAGGACCCGGAGCGAGAAGUCAAGGGCAAGGAUUCCAAGGCGGCCAUUUCCAAAGAGGAACUGCGGGAGAGCAGCAUAGCAGCCCUCAGGGCGAAAGCACAGGAGCACAGUGCUAAAGUGUUAGGAACGGUGUCCAGUGAUGGGCAGAGCAAGAUGGCGGAGGAGGAAAGAACCGAGGAAAUGAAGAGCGAGCAGUCUAAGGCAACGCCUGAUGAGCUGUCGACAGAAAAGUUCUAAACUUUAUAAAAAACUGUUAGCUCUUUAUAUCGCUGCAGUCUUUUAUGAUGCAGUACUCUUCAAGACUAUUUCACAGCAACAAAAGCAACAUGAUGUUGGUUCUGACUUAACUGUCAGGCCUCUCUCCCCGUUUUAUUUUUAAUCAGGCUACUCUUGAUGGAUAUGUGUGUGUGUGUGCGUGUGUGUUUUUUUUAACAAUUUGUUGUUGUUAUAUUGACUUGUAAUGUAACUAUAACCUAUAAUUAUUCAUUUGGAGUUGCGCCAAAGUGAUCACUGGUGGAUUUUGGUAGUUUUAUUUUUCUUUCUGUUCUUUAUUUUUUCAAUUGUGUUCAAAAAUGUACUUGGAUGUUCCAGAAUUAGUCUUGGUUGCAGCAUCCUCGUUAAAUCCUCCAUCCUCUAACCAUUGAUUCAUUGUUCAUAAACCAGACUUACAAGGGACACCUUAUGAUCAGAAUAAAACACACACAAGGCCAUUCAACCCUCCCAGCUCAUCAGUGAUCCAUGUGUAGGCCCAAUUCAGAAUCUCAUCUUUUCUCCACAUUCUCUGCAAUUAGAAAUGGUCAUUUCUUUUCAUAAAAUGUCAGCUGAGUUCACAUUACUGAGUAAAGCAGCACCUAAUUCCAUAAUUCCAACUUAAGUAUGAAGCAGUUGCUGUCGAUUUGAGUUUAAUUCAAUUGAAAUAUAUUCAUUCAUGCUUCCUGGUUCAUUUGACACUUGUGUCAUGGCAGCCAUCUUAGCUGGCACAUGUUACCAUAGCAACAGUAACUAGUGAUCGGCCUGACAUAAAACAAUGGAAGGUUUCAGUUUGCAGGCUCUGGUUGUGAGAUGCGUUCACAAGAGCGGAACUUUUUAAUGUCACAUAAGUAAUAUUUUCACAAUGCAUUGGUUUUUCUCAUUUAUUCCUAGUUUGCUCACCUCACCUCUAUUUUUCUGAAAGAUGAUGUUGCCCUCCACUCCCAAAAUGGGAGUUCUACAGGGUGCUGAUAACCUUCUACUUUCUUCAAUGAUUUGCUAACCUUCCUGCCAUAUUUCUUAGACAUUGGUAAGGCCACACUUGGACUACUGUGUACAAUUCUGGUCACCCUGCUACAGGAAGUAUGCCAUUUAAAUGGGAAAAGUUGCAAAAAAGACUUAUAGGGAUGUUACCAAACUGGAAGGUUUGAGAUACACAGAGAGAUUGGACAGGCUGAGACUUUCUUUCCUGGAGCGUUGGAGGCUGAGGGG